GAACCUAAAAAUCAAUUUUAAUUUCAAAUGUUACUAUCAAAUGUUUUCUAAUCUAGUUUAGCAAUUAAAUUGAGAAGAUUAUAAUAUAGCUAGCUAGACGGCAAAAAGGCAACAAUCAGAUGUGGGUGGGCGUACCGGUAGCAGCAGCAGUAACCACCGUCGGCGGCCGCAGAAUACCGGUGUUAGUGGCUGCAUCAGGCAAGAGGUCGAUGGCUUCGAAUUCGGGUUCAUUCACGACACUAAAAGAAACCGUAUCCGUGGAGAAAGAGAUAAAGAAGAGCAAGUUCAUCGCAAUCGCUGGACCAAUCUCCUCCGAGCAAUCAGCUCAAAUGUUCCUCUCUCAGGUCCGUGAUCCUCGCGCUUCUCACAAUUGCUGGGCUUAUAAGAUCGGUGAUCAUCACCAUCGAUGUAGCGAUGAUGGUGAGCCAUCUGGCACAGCAGGGAAGCCGAUUCAGUCUGCUAUUCUCUCUUCUGGAUUAGACAGAGUUAUGGUUGUUGUCAUUAGGUAUUUUGGGGGAAUCAAACUUGGAACUGGAGGUCUUGUUAGAGCAUAUGGUGGUGUUACAUCUGAUUGCUUGAAAACUGCUCCUUCUUGUCUGGUCAAGUCCAAAGUAAAUGUCUUUUUCUUUAUUGUCUCUUUUGUUGUUCAACUUCAUUACUCCUGUUUGUUUCUUCUCCCAGGUUCAAAUGGGAGUUGAGGUCACAUUUGAUCUUUUAGGUGUUCUUUACAAUCAGGUGACAGAUUCUUUCUGGCUGUGAUAUUUUUUUUUUGAGAUUUUCCUGAGUGCUCAUGGAUCAUUUAUAUAUAUGUGUCAUAGCUGCAAUCGUGUCACGCUGAAGACAUCAAGGAAGACUAUGAUACUGGUAAAGAUGGUACUGCAAUGGUUUCUUUCAAGGUUGAGUUUGACCUUGUUGAUAAAUUAGAGGAUGCUAUCAAAUCAAACUGUAGACGAGACCUUGUCUUUUACAAAACUUAGGGUAAAAGCAUUCUCAUGUAAUCAGUUACAGAAUAAAGCUUCUUUUUUUUCCUUUCUAUAUGAGCUGUUUCAAAGUUA